CGCCACCGCCGCCGCCGCCACCACCACCUGGAGGAUCCGGUGGUCCGCCGCCGCCUCCACCAAUGCCCGGUUCCGGUGGACUCAAGGGUGCUGGCGGUACCAAGCCGAAGAAGAAAAUGCGGGCGGUGCAGUGGAAGAAACUUCCGCCUCGUCUGGUCGGCCGGACAGUGUGGUACGAGAUUAAGCCGGACGCGUUUGAGCUUGAGGCGAGCGACGUCGAAGAGUACUUUGGAGUCACCGAGGCCAAGAAGGCAAAGCCUGUGCAAGCCGCGGGCACUGCGUCCAAGGUUGUGUCGCUGCUAGAGGGCCGGCGGCCGAUGAACAUCGACAUUGCGCUGCGGCGGAUCAACAAGACGCCCGACCAGAUCCGGGAGCUGCUGCUCGCGCCAGACCCGACGGUGCUGAAAAACGAGUUUCUGGCCGAGCUGCUCAAGAUGCUCCCAACCGACUUGGAGCGGACCUUGUUCUCUGAGUAUGAGGGCGAGGCGAGUGCGCUGAGCAUCGCAGACCAAUCGGUCAUGGCGCUGAUGUCAGUCCCCAUGGUCGAGUCGCGGAUUCGCAACUAUAUGGCCAUUGACGAGUUUGACGAGGCCGCCAUCGACAUCACUGACUCACUGGCGACUGUCCAGCUGGCGUGCGACCAAGUUCUCGCCUCACGCGGCCUGCGGUCGCUCAUGGGUGCUGUCCUGGUGGUCGGCAACUACUGCAACAAGGGCACGCCGCGUGGCGGCUCCAAGGGCUUUAAGUUUAGCUCGCUCGCCAAGAUCAUGACCACUCGCUCGGGCGUCUCGUCCAAGUUUACCCUCAUGGACUAUGCGGUGCGGCUGCUGCACUCGUCGGGCCUGGUAGAGGACGACUUCCCUUUGUCGGACAACGAGAGCGAGGCCGGUGAGGACGACACGGCCGGUGAGGCUGAGCAGGUUGAGAUGGCUGGGGAGAGUACAAGUAGCGGGAAGCUGCCGCUGAUGUGGCCGACGUCGGAGCUGUCGGCAGUCAAGGCUGCCGCGAGUGUCUCUGUGGCGCAGAUCGAGAGCUACGUGGUGGAGCUGGCGAACAAGGCCGAGGUCAUUUACAAGGAGUUUGAGACGCUGACGGAUCCCGAGGCCGACGAUGUGACGGCUGACGAGGCGUACACCAACUUUUUGGACUCGUUCCUCUCGCUGGCGCUAGAGCGGCUGAGCGACUUGUACGGCGCGCUCGACGAGGUCAAGGCUUCGUUUGACGAGGUGCUCGAGUUCAUGGCCGGCGACCAGAAGCCGCUGCCGACGAUCCAGGCCUUCUUCCAAGAGCUGACCGCCAUCAUCGAUGCCUAUGGUAAGGCCGAGUUCCAGUGGGUGAACGACCGGCCGCGGACAGCCAAGACUGGAGAUUCGGUGUCGCGGGCAGCAUCGCCGCUCACCGUCGCUGAACACAACUCCGAAGAGGUGAGCAUGCGCAAGGCGCUACUGGCUGAUCAGCUCAAGGCUCGCCGCGGGGGGAUGAACAACACCGAGUCGUCGGACUGGGACGACGAGGAUGACGGCGACGCCGCCGGUCGCGCCGAACCCGAGUCGGUCCGCGACGCUGUAGCGCACGCCAUCGCCGCCGCCGCCGCCACGCUACCGAGCGCGUCGGGCUCGGCCGCCGGUGCCUCGUGGGAGUCGUCAGGCUAUGACUAG